AUGCCAGCUAUCGGAAUUGAUCUAGGAACGACAUAUUCGUGCGUUGGAGUGUUCCAACAUGGUAAAGUGGAGAUUAUAGCAAACGACCAAGGCAACCGUACCACACCGAGUUAUGUGGCUUUCACAGACACCGAACGACUGAUUGGGGACGCGGCGAAGAACCAAGUGGCCAUGAACCCGACGAACACAGUGUUCGACGCGAAACGUCUGAUCGGACGGCGAUUUGAUGACCCGGCAGUGACGGAGGAUCGAAAACAUUGGCCGUUCGAGGUGGUUCGUGAUGGUGACAAGCCGAAGAUUAGUGUGGAGUACAUGGGCGAGCGCAAGUUGUUCUCGGCCGAGGAGAUCUCGUCCAUGGUAUUGACGAAGAUGAGAGAGAUUGCUGCCGCUUAUCUUGGAAAAGAUGUGAAAGACGCGGUGAUCACUGUGCCGGCCUAUUUCAACGACAGUCAACGUCAAGCGACAAAAGAUGCCGGUGCGAUUGCCGGA